AGGGGAGGGGAGAGAGGAUGACCGCUCCUGUUGCCAGCAUUCCCCUUUGAUCUUUUCCCCCACACAAAGCUAGAAGCAAAGGCUGCCUUGAUCUUGCGGCGAUUGGUCGGAAUAAUGCUUUAAACACUGUCAUCGGUGAAUCAUGUGACAGAUUAAGAAAGUGCUGCUGCUGGGCAGUGUUGUGUUGCUGGCUCCGGGCCGAGAGGGGGAUUUGUCUGUUGUUGGUCUGUGUUGUUGGAGUCUCGGAUGAUGCUGCCUUGGCUAUCCUCGUGUAAUCGUGGGGAGUUGAACUCGAUGUAGCCUCCGGCGUUUGGGAGAGGGAGAAGGAGGACAGAGAGAAAGAGAGAGAGAGAGAGAGAGAAAACCCCAAGUGCCCCAUUACUCAGCAAUCUGCUUCUCCGUCGGACCACUCUGAGAAUGUGGAAAAUUAAGCACAGAGGGCUGAAGGAUUACGACUCCGAGGACGCCAAGCCACAGGAGGUGUCGAAGAGCAAGGAUCCAUUGCUUCCAGAAGAGGCUACAAAUUCUGUCUCUCAGCUGGCAACAAAGGUUCAAGGAGCGAGCCUAAAAAGUUGGAAGGAAGUAACCUCGAUUUUCAAUAAAGGUGAUGAGCAUAAACUGCUGACUGACAAUGAGCCUAAAUGGACAACUGUGAAACUAAAAGAAGAUGUAAAAACAGAAAAGAAAUCUAGUUUCUGGGACAGUCUGGGAAUGAAACAGAAUUUAGCCAGCAAAAUUCCCACAGAAGAUGAAGGUUGGGAAUCUCAAGUUACAAUGGACAAUCCUAGUAGCAACGUGACUGAUUCCAGCACCUGGUCUGAUUGGGCAAGUGAGAGUAGCGGCAGUUCAAAGUAUACCAGCCUGGACGGUGAAACAAACAUGAGCAGUUCCAAGUGGGGAAUCAGGACAGCAGGUAAACUGCCUGGAAUCCAGAGACGCAGCAAAGGAAAUCUGACUGACUGCUGGGAAGAGCUCGAGUGAUACUUGUUAGCCCAACAUGUUGGGCUAACAAUUGCACAGUUCAUCACCAUUCACAGCUAUUCUGUCAUGCUGUGUGUGAAUUUUUUUGAUUAGUUUUUUUGUCUGAUUUUAUGCAUGUAUAGUUGGUGCCUGUGGAGCACUAUGUUUAAUUAAAUCGGAAUUACUGAUCUUUUUUCUGUUGUGCCAAUUCUCCAAUAAAUAUAAUUACACCUUUUUUAUUUAGGUGAGCUCAUGGUUCAUUGCUCCAUCAGUGUUCCUUAUUUGUUACUGCUUGACAUCAGGUCUACUGGGUGCCUAAAUGUAUCUAUUUAUUGAUACCUCAUACUUUUGAACUUAGGAUAAAUCUGUUUAUGAUCAUUGGCUUAAAUGCAUGCUUAUUUUGGCUGCUGAAUAUACACUACUGCACGGAUUGGGUUCCAAGACCACAGUGAAACAGAAUAAGAGGCACUGUCUACAGUCAGUUGCUUUGCAUGCCUUUGUGAUAGUGACUAUAGACUAGCUUCUCCACUCUUGGGUUCCCACUGCCUUUUCAUGACAAUAUGGGUGGAUAGGUGGGCUACAUACGUUAAAGUGCUAUUACAAAUGUAUAAGGGAUUGAAAGAAAAGAAACACUUUUUGCCUCAGUCAUCAAUGCCCAUUGAAGCUGUGUUAUUCUGGUGAGAAAAAUGUUCUAGUAAACAGAAGUGCACUGCCCAUAAUACCCGAGUUCAGUUCAGUGACAUCAAUCCCUCCUUUCAUAACAUGCUCAGAUGUGGCAAGUAUUUAUUAUAAAAGUGCAUAACGCAAACCUGCGCAAAAGGCAACAAUAAAAUUAAACAUUCGGAAAGGUACAUGGCUAAGAAAAGGUUAGAUGGACAUGGGCAAAAUGCAGGUAAUUAGGACUACUUCAAAUGGGGCAUCUUGAUUGGCAUGGAUGAGCUGGGCUGAAGGACCUGUUUCCAAACCUUAUGACUAACUCUAAGAUGGGCUAUUUAAUCAUGGGAAUAAUUGCAAACCAUUCACAAGGUUUCACCAGAAUCUUUGUGGGCUAUACACAUCUUUCAUACACAAAAUAACAGCAAUAUUUUGGGUGAGUAGUUAUAAUGAUGGAACUUACCAAAGUAUGAUUGGAAAAAUAAUAGGCAUAAUAAAUUACUGAACAGUUUGAGGAGACCAAGCGAUUCCAAUCACUCUUAACUGGAGGAGUGAGGAUUGCCCAAGGCUGAGCCUUCACCUUCAUUUGUAAAAAGUGGGAUACUAAUCAAUUUCCACUUUCUAUUUAAACUAUUGGAACCAUUGCACAGUAAAAUGUUUGAGGUGUCAGGGGGUUGUGGAGAACUAAUAAGCUUACAAGCAAGCAGUGGCUUCCAUGGCAAUCGAUGAUAUGAAGCACUCAAGUGUUGCUGACACUAUCAAUGGCUAGUCAGCAAAUAUUCGAAAUUAAUUCCAUCCUUCCUUCCACGAAUCAAUUGUCUUGUUGAACACUUGCCGUUAAUGUUAUUGAAAAUGUUAGCAACAUUAAAGUUUGCAUUCUGCCCUUCAUUGAUAGGAUUGUCAUUCAUUGAAAACUUUUUUUUUGUAAUUUAAAGAUCUGAAGGGUUACUCAAUUAAUUAUAAGUAACAUUUUUCCAAUUAGAACUUGCCUAGAACAGAAAAGCAUAGGAACAGGCCGUUCAGAAUGAGUAAACAACUACAGUGAUUCUGCUGUGGGAAGGAACAUGACAAAAGGAUCCAGUAAACAUGGGUUAUUCAUUAAGCAACAUGUGCAGUUAACACUUAAGCUGGACCCAAAUUUAAUUUCCAUUUGAAAUAUUACAAUUAUGGAGUGAAAUUAAACAACAGUUUUGCCAUUUAGCUAUAACAUAGUUAGCAAAUGAUCAGCAAAACAUAAUUACAUGUAUUAAAUUGCAUUAGUGGAAUCAAACAAUUAAAACAGAACAAUGCAGCACAAGAACCAGCCCAUCAGCCCACAAUGUCUGAGCCAAACAUGAUGCCAAGACCAUCUCUUAUUCACCUGACCAUAUUCCAUAUCCCUCCAUAUCCCAUUCAAAAACUACUUAAAUACCACUAUUGUAUCUGCCUCAACCACCAAACCUGGCAUUGCAUUUCAGGUACUCGCCAACUCUGUGCAUAAAAAAAAAAGUUGGCCUUCACAUCGCCUUUAAACUUUGCCCCUCUCACUUUAAAGCAAUGCCCUUUGGUAUUUGAUCUUGCCAUCCUUGGCUAAAGGUUCUGACUGCCUGCAGCCUCUGGUGGUCCAGAGAAAACAAUCCAUGUCUGUCCAACCUCUCCAUGUAACCAAAAUCCCCUAAUACAGGCACCAUUUUGGUCAACCUCUGCACCAUUUCCAAAGCCUCCAUAUCCUUCCUAUAAUCGGGCAACCAAAACCGCACACAAUAUUUCAUGUCCUAUAAAGCUGCAUCAUGCAUCUAGCAUCUUAUACUCAAUGCCCCAACCUUUGAAGGCAGGCAGAUCAUAUGCCUUCUUUACCAAUCUACUUGUGUUGUCACUUUCAGGGAAGUAUGGACCCGGACCGCAAUGCCCCUCUGUACCCAAUGCUGUUGAGGGGCAUGCCUUUAAUUGUAUACUUUCCCCUUACAUUUGACCUCCAAGGUGCAACACUGUGGAUUUGGUCCGAUUAAACUGCAUUUGCACUUUUUUUUGCAACUGUAUACUUUGUCAGCCCUCCACAUAGUCAGUGACCCCAGCAAUCUUUGUGUCAUCUGCAAACUUACUAAUCAAUCCGUAUACAUUUAUGUCAGUGUCAUUUAUAUAUAUCACAAACAGCAGCGGUCCCAGCACAGAUCCCUGCGGAACUCCACUGGUCACAGAUGUCCUUCUUGAAUCUUGCCCUUCCACCACAACCCUCUGAUACGUCAGUAAGCCAGUUCUGAAUCCAUACGACCAAGUCGCUGUUGAUCCUGUGCAUCUGAAUCUUCUGGAUCAACCUACCAUGAGGGACUUACUAACAUUCAUAUAGACACCAUCCACUGCCCUCCCUUCAUCACCACCUCAAGAAACUAUCAAAUUACUAAGACAAUUGUAUUUAAAGUUUUAUGCCAGCAGAUAUUGCAAGCUUCAGGAUGUGUAGAAUUUACUUUGUUCAGAAUUCAUUUUAACUUAGCCUUAUUUUUGCUAGCUACUAUGUCAGAAAACGCUUAGAAAAUAUGUAAUUACAUUUAUCAGAUGGAAAUUAAUUAGUCCAGAAAAUUAUUGUUCAAUUGUGAAUGGUCAACAAAUGUAGAUAAUACAACUAUGCAAAAGCCGUGCUAGAAAAUCAUGUCAAAAUAACAAAAGUUCAAAAUUUUUCUGAAAUGCAUUUAUAAGAACAUUUUUUAAAUAUUGCUAUUGUAAUUGUAUUUUUAAAAAAAGUUAGAUUUCCUUAUUUAAACAUUUUAGUACUAUGUUUUUACUUUGUACUCUGUGUAUACCUAGUCAACCUCUUGAUUUCAAAGUGAUUUGACAGGAUAUUUUAUAUUUACAAUUAAAUAUAAAACUAUGGUUAGCACUUUUCUCUAGAUCAUUUGCAGAAACACUUUCACAUGAAUAAACUAUUAAGACAAAA